UUUUUGUUGACCAAUUAGUUCAGUCUUUUAGGUUCGAUGUUUCCACUGCCGCGAAUAAUCUACGCCAUGGCUUCGGAUGGAUUGGUCUUCAAAUGGAUGGGCAACAUAAGCUCACGAUUUCAGACUCCGAUCAUGGGCACUCUUUCUGCUGGGUUGCUUACAGGCAUUUUAGCCACGCUACUUGAACUUAAACCACUGGUCAACAUGAUGAGUAUUUGCGCAUUGCUUACAUACUCGAUUGUUGCGUCUUGUGUACUUAUUCUGCGAUAUGAAGAAAGCGAAGCGUACGAGAAGAAAGGCGAUCAUAAUCCACGGACUUUUACAUUCAUCGUAAAACAACUGAUAGGCGCGAACAAAUUAAAACAUUCUACAAAACUUACGGGGCAAAUAGUUACCGCCCUCGUAUGUUGCUACAUCAUUUUUUGUAUCUGUAUGGCUAUUUUACUAUCACUCUAUAUGAAAGAGCUUUUUGAGGGGAAAGUAACUAUCUUAGUGCCAGUUGUGAUUUUAUUUGUUGUACUUCUGAUUAUUCUCUGUUUUAUUUAUUUCCAACCAACUUCCGGCACGAAACUUGCAUUCUCGGUAUGAUAUAUGUUUUUAUUGUUUAUAAUAUUUCUGUUGAUACUGUCUCAUCAACUCAUAAUUCGCAACGCUUAUUAUUAAUUUUAAAUGUUCUUUAUAAGCGAAUGCUAAUUUAUAAUUAA